GCGGAGAAAUACAUUAUGAAGCAGCACCAUUCUUCUUCAUCCUCCCUCGGUGAUGGAGAGAGAGGAGGGACAGACUGUCCAGAAUAGAUAACGAGCAAAGAGACUGGCACUGAGGAGAGGAGAAGGAGAGAAAAAAGCAGAAAACAGGUAGAGAGAGAAAGAAGAAGACAGAGACAGAAGCAGAGAAGGCAAGAAAAGAAAAAAUAGAGAAUUAACCAGGAUUGUUCAAAAUCCUCUUGGAGUCUCUUUCUAAUUCGUCUGUGCCGUGUUGGAGACUAGUUAGCACAAUGUGCAGGGGAGGGGUCAGGAUUUACACCAGGGGGGGCACUUGAACAGAAGAGUAGGGUUAUGUCCCCCCUGCACCUGACUAGUCUGUAUCUUAGUGUUUGGAAGGAAGACAGACUGAAAGAUUGGCCGGUAAACAGACAGCUAUACUGAAUGAUAGGCAAGUUCUGAGGCUGCUAAGACAGACAGAGAGGAAGAUAGACAGACAGGAAGACAGGUACACAGCCUAUUCCAAGUGUCAGGCAGAGAGCCAGGCAGGCAUCCAGUGCCGGCACAGUAGACAGCGUGCGAUUCAUUGUCAUUCUAUGCAGUGUGUGAGGAAGAGACAGGGAGAAGGAAAGAAAGCAGAGACAGACAGAAAGAAGGAGCAUCCCUGUGUUUGUAGCUUCUGGAGAAUCUCACUCCAUCUGCAUCCACCUCAGUCAAGCCCAUGCACUAAAAAAAACAGGCCAGGAGGGAGGGGGCUUUUACUAGAAAGGAAAUACAGGUUGGGGAGGGAGGCAGGCAGAGAAACAGAGGGAGAGAGCAGGUGUCGGAAAUCCUCCCCUUCAUCUGCUUGUCAUUUACUCCUUUAUGUUCUAUCGUCGUCUGGCAAAGUGAUUGGUUUUCUGAUGCCGGCGUUCCUCUGCUCAUAGGCCCUCCGAAGUCCCAAGGAAAACAAGAGGUGGGCAGGCAGAGGAAAGCAGAAAAAGAAAGCACAAAAGGAAAAGUGGAGCCCCAUUUUGAUUGACAAAUCUUUCACCCCUUUCAUUUUUUUGUUUGUCAAGACAGGCUCUUGCUAUUUUUUUUGCUUUUUUUCUUAAAGUAAAAGAAGUAAAGAAUAACACCGGCCAAAUCAAUCCCUCAUUUUCUUUGUACACAGAAUUGAACCUCUCCUUUCAUCAGCUGUUGAUUUUUCUUGCCUUGUUCUAAAGGAAUUAUCUGACUAUAAAUACUGGAAUCUUCUAGAAUCCCUCUAUAUGUCCUCACCCCCCAAUGACACAGUGUGAACCCCUCUGACUCCCCCACGGUGCCCCAAACCUCCUUCGGCUGAAGUUCUAAAAACCCUGUGGUUUCAGAUCUCAAUGCCUAUGUUGACUCACUACUAGAGCGAUAAUAUGGCACAGUGCUUCUGAUAACGUCUGAUUCAUUCUUGGUGCCAGCAUGCGGGGUGACUUACAGCAGGGUGCAGAAUGAAAGUGAGCGUAGGGGGGCUAGAAGCCGUGUUUUCUGCACAGCUCAGACUAGUCUGGCUCUGCUCGGGCCUCUCGCUGCUCAUGCUCCCUGCAGACUGACACCCAACUGCUACAGGGACUCAUGUACUACACCAACAGAGCACGUACAGCAGCCAGACACACAGCCCUCGUGGAUUAAACACGGUGGUGGUACAGGCAGCCAGCAGACCAUUCUCCAUGAGGAGCAGUAGAAGAUGCCGGCUCUGCCAGCACUGCUGCUGUCAAUACACUUCCUCUGCUUCCUGCUAAUGACCAUGCCGCCACGUUCCCUCAGUCAGGCCCCCUUGCUCUCCUCUGUCCGCAUGGCGGCAAUCCUGGAUGACCAGUCUGUGUGUGGGCGUGGGGAGCGGCUGGCGCUGGCCCUGGCCAGGGAGAACAUCAACAGCAUAAUGGAGGGUCCGUCCCGAGCCCGAGUGGAGGUGGACAUAUAUGAGCUGCAAAAAGACUCCCAGUAUGACACUACUGACACCAUGUGUCAGAUUCUACCCAAAGGCGUCGUCUCUGUGAUAGGUCCCGCCUCCAGCCCCGCCUCCGGCUCUACUGUCAGUCAUAUAUGUGGAGAGAAGGAGAUCCCUCAUGUAAAGAUUGGUCCGGAGGAAACUCCCCGCUUGCCGUACCUGCGCUUUGCCUCUGUCACUCUGUACCCUAGCAACGAGGACCUGAGCCUGGCCAUAGGAGCCAUUUUGCGCUCGUUCAGUUACCCCUCAGCCAGCCUGGUGUGCGCCAAGGCUGAGUGCCUGCUGAGAUUGGAGGAACUGGUCCGCCGCUUUCUCAUCUCUCGGGAGACGCUGUCAAUCAGGAUGCUGGAUGACAACCUGGACCCUACGCCGCUGCUGAAGGAGAUCCGUGACGACAAAGUGGCCACCAUCAUCAUUGAUGCCAAUGCUUCUGUCUCCUAUCUCAUCCUCAAGAAGGCGUCAGAGCUGGGGAUGACAUCAGCAUUUUACAAGUACAUCCUCACCACCAUGGACUUCCCACUACUGAGACUGGAUGAUAUAGUGGAUGAGCAGUCCAACAUUGUGGGAUUCUCCAUGUUUAACACCACCCAUCCCUUCUAUUUGGAGUUCAUCAGGAGCCUCAACCUUUCUUGGUGGGAGGGCUGUGACCUUACGUACCCCGGCCCCGCGCUCUCGUCAGCGCUGAUGUUUGAUGCGGUACAUGUGGUGGUGGGAGCGGUAAGGGAAUUGAACCGCAGUCAGGAAAUUGGAGUGAAGCCUCUCAGCUGCACCUCACCUCAGAUCUGGCAACACGGGACCAGUCUUAUGAACUACCUGCGCAUGGUGGAGUAUGAUGGUCUGACGGGGCGCGUGGAGUUCAACAGUAAAGGUCAGAGGACCAACUAUACCCUGCGGAUCCUGGAGAAACACAAAGGAGGCCAUAAAGAGAUCGGGAUCUGGUACUCCAACAACACCUUGGCAAUGAACUCCACCAGUCUGGAUAUUAAUGUCUCAGAGACGCUGGCAAACAAGACACUCAUUGUCACCACCAUACUGGAGAACCCAUAUGUGAUGCGCAAAGACAACUACCAGGACUUCCAGGGCAACGACCAAUAUGAGGGCUUCUGUGUCGACAUGCUGAGGGAGUUGGCAGACAUCUUGAAAUUCUCCUUCAAGAUCAAACUGGUGGAUGAUGGGCUGUAUGGUGCUCCAGAGCCCAAUGGCUCUUGGACUGGCAUGGUUGGAGAGCUAAUCAACAGGAAAGCAGACCUGGCCGUGGCAGGCUUCACCAUCACGUCAGAGAGGGAGAAAGUUAUUGACUUCUCUAAGCCGUUCAUGAACCUGGGAAUCAGCAUCUUGUACAGAGUUCAACUGGGUCGGAAGCCGGGUUACUUCUCCUUCCUCGAUCCCUUCUCUCCAGCUGUCUGGCUCUUCAUGCUGCUCGCCUACCUGGCUGUCAGCUGUGUGCUCUUCCUGGCUGCAAGGCUGAGCCCCUAUGAAUGGUAUAACCCUCACCCGUGUCUGCGAGAGCGCAGGGACAUGUUGGAGAACCAGUACACCCUGGGAAACAGCCUGUGGUUCCCUAUCGGAGGCUUCAUGCAGCAGGGAUCAGAGAUAAUGCCCAGAGCCCUGUCUACCAGAUGUGUUAGUGGGGUGUGGUGGGCAUUCACCCUGAUCAUCAUCUCGUCCUACACGGCCAACCUAGCAGCCUUCCUGACCGUCCAAAGGAUGGAGGUUCCAAUUGAGUCUCCCGACGACUUGGCCGACCAGACAAACAUUGAGUAUGGCACCAUCCAUGGAGGGAGCACCAUGACCUUCUUCAUGAACUCACGUUACCAGACCUACCAGCGGAUGUGGAACUAUAUGAACUCCAAGCAGCCCAGUGUAUUUGUGAAAAGCACAGAGGAGGGCAUCGCCCGGGUGGUCAACUCCAAGUAUGCCUUCUUGAUGGAGAGCACCAUGAAUGAGUACUACCGUGGCCUCAACUGUAAUCUCACACAGAUAGGAGGCCUGCUGGACACCAAGGGCUACGGCAUUGGCAUGCCACUGGGGUCCCCGUUCAGAGAUGAGAUCACGCUGGCCAUCCUCCAGCUGCAGGAGAAUAACAGGCUGGAAAUACUGAAGAGGAGGUGGUGGGAGGGAGGCCAAUGUCCCAAAGAGGAGGACCACCGUGCCAAGGGUCUGGGCAUGGAGAACAUUGGGGGCAUCUUCGUGGUGCUGAUCUGUGGUCUCAUCAUUGCUGUGUUUGUGGCCAUUAUGGAGUUCGUGUGGUCGACUCGCCGCUCAGCAGAGACCGAUGAGGUAUGCCCCCAUACCUGCCCUCGCCGACCCCACAGACACACCCCAGUGUCUGUCUGUCGGGAGAUGAUCACAGAGUUCCGAAACGCCGUCUCCUGUAAGAAGAGCUCCCGUAUGCGCCGCCGUCGGCCCCUCAGCAGCUCAGCAGCCCUGCGCCACCCCACACGCAUAGCUCUGGGGGCCCCUCGGCCCUUGCGCCUGGUCCGGGAGAUGCGCCUCAGCAACGGCAAGCUUUAUAGUGGAGCUGGCCCGCUGACAGGUGGAGCUGGAGGUGGAGCAGGAGGGACAGGGCUUUCCGAUCUGGGUCCUGGGCCACAACGGAUUCUAGAUGAUCCACUGGGGGCCAACACCACCCCUCCGCCACCAGCCCCUACCCCAGUAAUGCUGCCUGCCCGCAGCUGCGCCCAUGUAAGGAUCUGUCAGGAGUGUCGGAGGAUCCAGAGCCUGAGAUCGAGCAGCAGUAUAGGAUCAACCACAACAAGAAUACCACCUUCAUCAGCACCCCUGCCCAGGCUACCCCCACCCCCACCCCCAUCCUCAUCCAACACAGACAGUGAGGGUGGGGGCGGGGCCAGCCCGAGGCGGCCACACCACAGCCCCCCACCUCAUACCUCCCGACCCAUUCCCCCUCCACAAAACAGCAACACCACAGACCUACUGGGUGACCAGGACUGAGACAAGAAGCAAUGGGCUGGAUGAGAGGGCCGCAGGGAGUCAGUGAUGUGACACUGAGAAACACCGCUAGUUUCCACAGGUGAAAUUCAUCUGAGAACAAAAGAGGGAGAGAUUGAGGAAAAAACGUUGAACUCUGCAAGCUCAGCCAAUCGAAAAUGAGAUGACCUUUAAAAGGAGAAUGAAUUGGGAAACCGUGUAAUCCUUUCUCCAGUUGAGCUUCAGGCCUACAGAUACAGACCUGGCUACAAGCACGCUGUUAGAUGGUCAAGGGUUAAGCUUCUGUAAUCAACUCCGAAGAGCAAAUCUGAGCGGAGAUGCACAUGACCUGAUGAUGGUUUCCAUUGGAUCCUUUUUCCCUCCUUACUCCCCUCUUACUUCACCUUUAGAUUUGAGGGUGCUGGUUUUCUUCCGCAGACACUUCCCUGGAAGCUAACUACACCUGUAGUAAAACGAAGCCUUGUUGGAGGACAUACUGUAUCCGUAUGUGAUUUAAAACAGCAACUUAAAAGACUUCAAGAGAAUUAUUUCCUGUUGUUUUUUUUCUUUUGUUGUCUUUCUUGUUUUGUUACCAUUGUUCUAAGUGGGAAUUACAGAGUUAAAUACAGACUAUGUGUGACACUAUGGUGGAUUAUAAAAUACUAAGAAACUUGACUACGGCUAGUUUUGUGUCCCUCCCUGAGCCCCACAGCUGCUUUUAGGAAGGUAUCAGGUAAGGUGGAUGAAAUGACUUCAAGGCAACAUAAUGCAACCAGUAGCAGAGGAAACUGUCGGUCUGCCUUUCUUUAUACUGUGCGUGUGUGUGUGUAAAAAUUUGUGCUUCCUGUAAGUCCGUCUGUAAAUACACAAAGCGAGCAGAACCAUGUACCCAGCUACAGCACCCUUCUACAAAUGUUAGAUUAUCAGACAGCCACAAAAAGAGAAGAGAGAGAGAGAGCGAGUCUUUGAAAUGUGAAAUUAAUGUCCCUCGUUAUCCUGGGUAACGCUUGCCAAGCCUUUACUUCUUUUUCACCUCUGUUCACACAGCGUAGAAGAGAUAGAGAGACCAGGCGAGGCAGAGCCAGAGACAGAGGGGCAAGAUAGAGAGGAACAGAGAGAGAGGACACAGAAAGAAGCAGAGAGUGAAAAGGACACUCCUGAAUUUGAACGAGAAAUACCUAACUGAACUACUUCCAUUAUUAGAUCUGUCCGGAUCUGUUAAUUCUGGGCAUCUUUUAAGGGGCUUGUUAAUGCGCCAGCAGGCUGUAGCUGCAGCCUCCUCCCUUCUCUCUGUUUAACAGACAGACUUGGCCGUGCACUGUAGAGGCUCCUGCCAGAGUGAUAGACUCAACACAGCCUUGUCAAUACUGUCUCAAGCUUUUGAUCGCCUAAUUACUUCCCUCGGUGGCUGGGGACUCAUUCAGGAGGGGGUUGAACACAAGAAAACAUGCUGAUAAAUAGAUUUAGAAGAAAUAAAUGCUUUUUACUCUGGCUGCAAA